AGAGACCAAGCGCGCGAGCCCCGCUCACUAGGUAUACUGGCGAGGCCCGUCUCACCUGUAUGAUAUCGUGGUAUUUUACUGCUUUUUACUGAAGCUUAAAACGUAAUCAUUCAAAAUGGCUUGAUGUUGAUUAAGUAAGUUCUUCCCCAAAAGCAUUACUCCUUGCUUCCCGUGGUCUUAUUUGUGAAGUAGAAAAGAAUGAAUAAUUUUUACAAAGAGGUUCAGUAUCGGUCCCAAUGCGGGAAGCACGCGUUGAAUUCGGUGUUGCAUUUCACGACCAAGUAUCAAAUGCAAAAAUGUCUCGGUCUGGAAGAGUCGGGGCUGGUUCUGCACAUUUUGCAUGACCCGUGAGGUCUGUGAUCCUGGUGCUAGCAUCACAGAUUUUUUGAAAGUUUCUUGAUGCUAAUGACGCGUGAGAAAUGCCCUCUCCGCGUGCCAAGAAUUGACUCCUCUCGCUGCUCGUGCAGCACAGAUAUUUUUAGAAUCCGCAGACGGCAUUACAAGUUCCACUCUUCAGACCCAGACAUAUUUGCAAUGCAUACCAAGGGCGAGUGGAAUGCGUUGAUUACCGAUCGCGACACGUGCCAGAUGAUGGCCCGGCUCCCCCUGGACAACUACCACCGGGUGCUCCAGGACUUUUUCCCCGUAUUCAAGAAAAAAACACCAUCACAAUCACUUUUGCACAUUUUUGCAAUACAAAAAUUUUUGUCAUGCGCAAAAAUGCAUCACAGUCAAGAGCUCUAGGCGAUUUCCCUUUGUGUUUUUGCAAUACAAGAAAAAUUUGUCAUGCGAGACAAAUUUCUGAUGCAAAACCUCCUAAGUGUGACUGUGAUGGUGUUUUUUUCCUGGAUACCCCGAGGCGGAGUGCCACUACGGGGAGACGGUGGAAAAGGCGCUGGCAAGUAAGGACAUCAAAUUGCAUCUCCUCGACUGGUAUCAAAUGUAAAUGUGUCUUGGUCUGGAAACUUGUGAUGCCAGUCAGGGAACAAUGCGCAAACUGUAAUGCACUGCCAAGCAUGACAAGUUCAUUGUCUUUCUUGGUUCUGAGUUGCGUACUCCGCAUGAGAAACUUUCACUUUGGUUUUGCAUGACAGACAAGAGAAGCUCUUUGCGCCCACGCAAUACGGAGCUCAGAGUCCUGCGCGACUAGCAUGACAAAUCUCGCAACUUUUCCAGAUCCAGACACUUUUGCAAUUCAUAACUGGGUGAUCCUCCUCGCGAAUGGGCACUACAUCGCGUUCGUCCAGGCGGCCGGCCCGAAGAACCUCGAGCUCGCGUUAUCCUGUGUAAAAACGUCCCCACCUCCCCAUCGUCAAGAUGGAAAAUUUGCUAUACAAAUUAACAUCAAGCCUUGGUUGUUGCGCAUGACAAGUUUGGCCUCGUGGUGUAGUCCUUUUCAGCUAGUCCAGCAGCAUCGCAGACCUAGCGCAUCGCGCUGAUUGGAGCGUGACAAAUUCCGGAACGCGACUAGUAUGGGGCGGCGGGGCCGUUUUUGCAUUGGAUACGCGAAGGAGGCGAAAAAAAAAGCGAAGGAGAUCAUUGCCGCCAACCCGGGAAAGCGGAAGGAACUGACGGACCAGAAAAACAACUUUGUGCAAACGUGUCUGCGGGAGCUCCAGGCUGUCGCGGAGAAACAGGACAGGACCAAGGCGAACCCUUGGUGGGUGAACCUGGAUUCCAUGUCUCCGUCGAAAUACCCGCAGAACCCGGACACGAAGGAAUUACUCGGGGUUCACUCGGACGACUUCUACGACAUUCAGACGAGUGUGACGCGGCUUCCCGGGCACCACGCCGCGCUGACCAGCACCACCUGCACCAAGCAGACAAACGGCGUGUACGUCUUUUACGAUCCCUCCUACUCGUUUCCCAUCCCGUCGGGGAACUUCGCUUUGAAGGCGUCCCUGGUCACGGUGGACCGCAACCCGUACCGGAAGAUCGCGGAAACGGACAAGCGGAGCGUGUCCCCGAACCACCGGGCCGAGGUUUCGGCGGCGGAGCGGGUGGAAGCAGCGGCGGAGAACAGCAAAACGGCGGCCGGAACCAGGAGUUUGUUCGUGGCGCAGGCGUUGGGACUGCCCUCGUCCGCGAAUGCGGGCGGGAAGAAGAACGACAGUCAGAACAUGCAAACCAUUUUCGACGGUGCGGAGAAAAAUGGCAAAUCUUCAAACAGCAAUAAAACGAAGGCCGCCAGCACUGUAGUCGGUGGAGUUCUACUUUCGGCGGAACUACGCAGCACCUCCGCCUCCGGAAGCGAGGCAUCAUCGUCUUUGGGGGAAAGUAAGUCCAGUACGAACAAAGGAACGCCGUCGACAACAACUACACCAUCACCUUCUACCGAGACCAACAAGGCAACGGGCACGACCGCGGCCAACGGAAAGGGCGCCGCGGGCAGGUCCAGUUCUGCCGUUUCGGCAAACAAAAUCGCAACGCCAACGCGCCCACCGUCCGUUUCGCCAAUUGCACAUCAAGUAGUGCCAACAUUAUCUGAAGAAGACGUGCGAAAAAAUAAAACUACGGGAAGUACUACUAGUCAAGCUGGGAAUAUGAAAACAAUUAUCGCAGAAGAUGAAAACAAAGAAAACGUCCGCAAUCUCGCUUCGCUCGCGGCUAUCAACCCAGACGCGGAGCAGAAAAAGCACAAACUCGUCAUGGCUUCCUUUGGCACGUCAGCAGCGAAGUCGGAGCAAGAAAAAUACAAAAAUUUGAUGGGGCGACAGUGGAAGGCCAGCGUGCCCUUCCGGUGACUACUUCUUGUGGGCGCGUCGGGAUUCUGUUGUUGUUGUUUGCUGUCGUAAUUUCGUACCAAAAUUGACGAGGUGCUUUCGCAAAAAAAAAUGCCGUGAGCUUGUCAUACAUUAAAAUGUGCUGCUGUGCAACGAACAUGUAAAAAAUUCGUUUCGAAUUCUUGGGGCUCUGGCGUCGUCCUUUCAGAGACCACCGGAGUCCCGUGUUUUAUUCAUCUUGUAGCACGAUCAAGAAGCUCAUUCGAAAAAUAAACUGCAGUUGCUGCAGGUAAGAACCUCAUCUCCCUUCCGAGGUAAAGUGUAUGAUGUGCGAUAGUUUCAGUAGAAGUUUGACAUGUGGACAGCCAUUCUUGAAGAAAAGAUUCAACCCCAUCUAUCUCUAGUUCUAUCCGCGAGUAGUCACAACUCAUCCGCGCUGCACGCCGAAUCGUAAAUGGCGCAGAGUCUUCACACCCCAAGCCUCUCCGGGCUCACUUAAACUUGAAUUGCAACUUUUCUAUGCUUUUCACCUGGCUGAAGAUUGGAAAGGAAAUUAAUAGGACGCGCCGGGCGCCCACUUUUCUUUUUGGAACAUGUUCCUCGCUUGUCUUUGAUCCGGUGGAGAAGAAGUAUUUUGGGUUUUGCUCCAAAACUAUGCUGUUCGGAAACGUUCACAGCGUGACGGAAUGGCUUCAGGUUGCCCAGUUUGUAGCUUUCUGCGUGCGGUGGCUCUUCUACGCCCCUCACACAGUCUACUUCGAUGACCACAGUGGCACAACUUUCCGGGCGACCAGGGUGUUGCUUAUUCGGGCGGUGAUUUUCCUCCUGGAAUCCUUUGGAUUCCCCUGGAAAAUGAAGAAAAUUAAGUGUGGGGCCUAUGAGGUCCCGGUGCUUGGGCUGAGCUUCGACCUGCGGGGCCAGCCCUCCAUGCAGCUCAGUCCGGAGAAGGCGGAACGGCUUCGGGAGUAUUUGGCUACGGUGUUGAAGGCUGGAACCCUUUCGCCGGCAGACGCUUCCAGCCUGGUCGGGCGUUUUCUGUUUCCGCUCACAUUAACUAUUGGGCGGCGGGUCAAUGGGUUGUUGAAGUCUCUUUUCCGUCGGGCGUCGCACCCCCACCGAUCAUGUGCUUUGGAGCUGUCCAAGACGGCUGUUUUCUCCCUCGGGUUCAUGCGGGAGUGCCUUGCUCAUCUUCCACCGGUACUUUUUCGGGCUGUUGACCUCCCUUCGGUCAUCGUGUACACAGACGCUAGCUGGCGGAGGGGCAAGGGCUGGGUAGCAGGCGUGCUUCCGGUGGGCGACCUUUUCUACAUCUUUCGCUACCCGGUUUCCCGGGACAUGCUUGGUGGCGCUUCGUGGGCGUCUUUCCCGAUAAAUGUGCUGGAGACGUUGGCGCCUGCCCUUGCGCUCUGGCACUUCAGAUCCUUCUUUUCCCACCACCGGGUGGUCUUUCGCAUCGACAACUCGACAGCGGUGGCGGCAUUGCGGAAUGCCUCGGGCGGGUCGACCGCGAUUUCUUUGAGUUCCAGCCUCUUCUGGAGCCGUGUUGCGGUUUCCGGGUGCUCUCCGGUUUCGGAAUGGAUUGCUUCGGGCGACAAUACGGCCGACAUUCCGACGAGAGACGACAUGUGGGAUCUCUUUUAUCGCCAGCGGAAGGAGUUUGUUCGUCUCGUGUCAUCCGAUGAAGGGGCCCGUAUAUUGCAGGAGGACAUCACGGCUGCUACCAUGGUGGAUGAGGAUUUAUCGCAUUUUCUCGAAGGCUUAGAUUUUGACGCUUUACUAUCACCGGCGUAGUUAGUUAUAUUUCUGGUGUGUUUCGCGGGGACCAUAUUCGGUCCUGAUCCGCACCCUGCUAUAGAUUUCUCCGAACUGAGUGAUAUCUACCUUCGCAUGUGCUCCAGGCAGGAGUGCUUUUGUGCUUGGAUUUCAGAGAGUGCCUUUGUUCUCAUCGUUGGUUCAUGAGCGCUGCAGUUGUCGGUCUGAGUGAGUCCAGGAGAGUUUCGCGCUUUGAGUCUGAGGGAGACAAGAGUCCGUGUACAAAAAUGGCAACUUUGUUCGUUUUCCCCUUCUUGGUGGGCCCCCUUUUGGGGUGCCCACGUCCGUCUGCGCGUCUCUGCAUAGCCGGUCGUUUGGCGGUGGCGAAGGUGUGGCGGCCCCACCCGGUAGUGGGCCUCCACCUCCUCCUGUCGCCCGGAUUCAGCAGCGGUUCUCUGGGUUCUCCGGGCCGACGGCGAUGCGUCGUGCGGGGGAAGGUUGAGUUGGAGGCCAGACACGGGGUAGGCCACUCGACUUCUCCUCCGCCUUUUGCCAAAGGGCUACGUUUGGGUGGAUAA